AUGGCUCAAGUCAUGGCUCAUCGCCAGGUGGUAGCCACCAAAACUAAGCUGAGCCAGAAGCAAAGUACCGAGACCGUCCAAGUCAUGCUGUACACCUCGGCGAGCAUGCUCUGCAGCAUGAGAGGCAUGUUUCCGUCAUUAGCGUUUGAUGAGGCUGAGUUGGCCGACGAUGAGCUAUACACCGUCGAAGGUCUGAUAAAUGGUGAACAUCAUUCCCGAGCCAAGGCAUCAUCGCCAUCCAACACUUCCACCAGAUCAUCAGAGUCUACGCGGUUCAAGGUUCCUCUGCUCAAAAGAGGUCGCAGCGAUCGCGCAGACCAGUUCAUUGAAUCACUCGACACUGUCUUCGAAGCAUUGAAUCGGGGAACUCUGCAUGCUCUACGUAUCCCGUUCAUGGGCGAUCCUGAAAUCAAUCCGGAUCCUCUCGAAAUAUGGUGUUUCCGCAUCCUCUACGUCAGGUCUCCAGAAGGCAAACGUGAGGUCCAGGGCCUUCAAGCCAACUACAAAGGCGAAGACAGGCUUGACCCGAGCCUCGAUCUUAACGGCCGUGUUCUUAACUUGCUGGAGACGAUCUCGGAGCAAUGCAGAGACUCCACACAAUUGCCGAAUGAGUGCUACAUCCAGCCCAGUAUCAUGUAUAUAGACGAUGGGUGGCAGCCAAACAACUUUGUUGAAGCUGAGCCUGAAAAAAACGUCAAGGGGUUUGCAGGAUGGCAGCCGCAUGCAGCGGACUUGGGAGUCAGUGGUGGAAACCUCAGAGUUCGCGAUUCAAAGAUUGGUCAAGCUAGCCGUGUACCUACCGGAACAACCACGCCCCCGAUCGUCGUUCCACCAAUUCGAUCAGAAAUAAUCUCGCCCACUGGAGGCAGAACGACCUCUUCCACCUCAGCCAUACCCGAAACACCACAGCAUGUCCACGGCUCCAAAAUCGGUUCCACGUCUCUCGCAAGCUCUCGCGCUCUGCGGUCAGUUGCUAGCAAGUCAAGCUCGAAUACAGGGGACAUCUCGCAGAUUGCGGCCACGCCAACUGUCACCCAAGAUGAACCAUCACAAUCGGUGGCCUCAAACACGUCGCAGGUGGAUGACGAUAUGCGUCGCAAGAGUUCAUUGGAAAGCAUGAUGAAACCUCGCUCGAACCUCGAUGAUGACUUUUUGACCCAGCCGCGAGCAAUUCCUAGCCAAAUUUCGAACGCUGAGGACGGUCUGAGUCUUGAGUUGACUGAGCAUAUGAAGAAGUAUGACUUUCUUUCGCGAGAGAAGGCACAACAGCUAUGGUAUGCAAUACCUGAGCUUCAGCAAAGAGCAAGAAUGCUUGCGAAUGGUCCAAUAAUAGGUUGUCGAUGCCGACUUGUGGACUCUACAGAAGAUAUGGUCCAGUGCGAUGUAUGUGGUGUGCAGCAACACCUUAUCUGUCAAGGCUAUCUGGAAGUCGACAAUCGCCAAUUGCCAGAGCACGUCUGCCAUAUUUGUUUGCUUGGCCGUGAAGCAGACAACAACACUCUCAAGAAGCUGCAAGUACUUGCUUUGCAACGAAGAGCUAUGGAUCUGCUGCUUUCCCAAGAAGCCGAAAAUGCAGCAGAGCUUGGGAAGAAGCUCGGAAUGGAGUUCGAUCAGGUCGCAGAACUGGUCGCAUCGCUGGUGUCGCAAGGAUUCCUUGUUGAGGAGUCUGGUCGUCGUACACGAAAUUCGCAAGGCAAGAUCAAGUUCCCCGAGUCAAUCAGCACACCAGAGUACAUUGGUCUCUUUGUGAAGCUUUUUGAUACUUAUCAGGUUGUGGGACAUCACUUCUCCGGUCUUGAGGUGUCAGACGCACCGGCUAGAGACGUAACACAGACAUUGAGAGCAAAGUACUCGAUCCUUACACGACCUCCAGUUGAAGCAACAAGCGUCUUCUCGUCAGAGAGAGAAAGGGCUGCAACUGCAAAUACAAGUAAGAACACUACGACCAUCACGCAGUCUACAACAAAGAAAAGAGCCCGAACCAUGGCAGCAGAAGGGGCUGCCACAAGCGUGCAAUCGUCACCGUUGCGCCAAGCAGGAAGAGUGAGAACGCCCACACCAAAGAUGAAGGAAGCCAAGUUCGGUUUCUUCAUUAAUGCACAAAACCUUCCAUCUCGAGAGAAUCCAGGAAUCAAGUCGAAAAGGUUUAAGGGUGACUCAUGAGCACGGGCUUGACUCGCGGAAGAGAGAUUGGCUUCGGGUUCGGUGUCUCUAACAAGAGAUGGGAAGUGACGAAGAGACGUUUGAUGCUGGCAGUACGAAUAUGACUACGCGUGAGAAUGGCUGGGAUGUAUCAUGAUGGACAGAUCAAUAUAUAGUUAUGUGGCUUGAGUCGCUGGAGAACGCG